AUUUGGUAUCAAAGCCAAUAUAUUUGGAGUCUACACGUCAUUCUGAGCGUUCUGGUGAAAAUCCGGUCGACAAAAAAGGUUGCACACGCCCCCACGCGCCACUGCCGUUGUCUCACGCGCCAACCACUCGCACCAUUGCAAAUCGCGUGAAAGUCACGCGCCGGUCUUCUUCAACCUCCAUUCGCCACGUCAUCGAUGCGUCAUCAGCCAGUCACUGCCACAUCAUCUAUUUGCCACGUCACUUGACAUGUCAUCAGCCACGUUAGUGACACGUCAUCACCACAGCCGCACUCUUUACCACGUCAUCAAGUCCCUCAACUUAUUUUGACCUUACAGAUUGAGCCCAUAAUUUUACAAAUUUCAAAUUACCCCCACUUUCAAAUAUUAACUUUCCAAAAAGCCCCUUACCAACCUAAACUCAUCAUGCCUCCUAGAAGACAAAAUCCUCCUUGUCAACGAGCUAUUCGGGACAUAGAAAUGGAAGAACUACGUCAACAAAUUCAAAGGCUUCAAGAAAAACUCGAAGCUUUUGAGGGACAACAAACUCAACACCCGCAAGAUGAACCACAUGAGUCAGAGGAAGAUACUGAUGACGAGAAUCCCUUCCAUCACCUAAGGGAUAAUGAAAGCUCAUCAUUAACAGAAAGAGUUCAUCGUCGACAAUGUCCCCAACAAAAUACUGCUCAUAAAUCCACUGACCUUAGCAUCAAAAUUGAUAUUCCAGAUUUUGAAGGUCGCCUUCAACCAAAUGAAUUUAUCGACUGGUCGCACACUAUGGAACGUGUGUUUGAACUCAAGGAUAUUCCUAACGACAAGCGUGUGAAGCUCGUCGCCAUCAAAUUAAAGAAAUAUGCAUCCAUUUGGUGGGAGAAUCUCAAACGCAGUCGAGAAAGAGAAGGCCGCAACAAAAUUAGAACUUGGGAGAAAAUGCGUCGGGAACUCACUCAAUAUACUAUGGAGUUUGAACAAUUAAUGAUGAAGUAUGAUGUUCGGGAAAAGGACGAGCAAACCAUAGCUCGAUAUCUUGGAGGAUUGGACUAUGACAUUUCCAAAGUUGUUCAACUUCAACAAUAUUGGACUUUGGAUGAUGUAAUUCGGCUAGCAUUGAGGGUUGAAAAGAAAAUCUCAAAGAAGAAUAUCCCUAGUACUUCAAAACCGCGGGAUUUUGGAGCCAGCAGAGGGACUCAAGCCUCAAAAACUGUUGCUAAGACUCCUGCCAAGAUUGAGAAGGAAGUCAGCUCGAGCCGUUCAGCUCAAUCUAACACUCGAAAGUGUUUCAAGUGUCAAGGAUUUGGCCACGUAGCCUCCGACUGUCCAAAUAGGAGAGUUGUCACCACUAUCGGAGGAGAAAUUCAUGAAGCCUCAGAAGAUGAAGCAGAAAAGGAGCAAAAUGAUGAAACUUAUCUACAUGCUACAAUAACCAAGGAUGAAGAUUGGCUUCGACAUAACAUCUUUCACACCAGAUGCACUUCUCGAGGGAAAGUCUGCAAUCUCAUCAUUGACAGUGGAAGUUAUGAGAAUGUUGUGUCAAAUUAUAUGGUUGAGAAGCUAGGUUUGCCUAUCAAAGAUCAUCCCCAUCCAUACAAGUACCAAGAUGAAGUAUGGUGUGAUGUUAUUCCUAUGGAUGCUUGUCACUUGUUACUUGGUCGCCCUUGGCAAUUUGACCGAAAGGCUAUCCAUGACGGCCAUGCUAACACCUACUCGUUUUUGAAAGAUGGUGUGAAGGUCAAGCUCACUCCCCUGAAGCCUGAAGAAACACUUGAAAAGAAGGAUGAGGACAAGGCUUUAAUCUCCAGAUCAACCUUUCACAAGUUGCACCAAGAGUCGGGAAUAGCAUGUCUCCUACUAUUAUCCAAAGUAAAUGAUGCCACUUGCCCUUUUCCAGAGGAAAUUCGAUCUCUCCUUGAAGAAUUUUCUGAUGUUGUUCCUGAUGAGAUCCCUCCUAGAUUACCACCAAUGAGAGACAUUCAGCAUGCCAUUGAUUUCAUCCCAGGAUCUGUCAUCCCAAACAAGCCUGCUUAUCGGAUGAACCCUCAAGAGUAUGCGGAACUUCAACGACAAGUCAAAAAACUGAUGGAGAAAGGACUUGUCAAGGAAAGUGUUAGCCCAUGUGCCGUGCCUGUGCUACUCGUCCCAAGGAAAGAUGGAACUUGGAGAAUGUCUGUAGAUAGUCGAGCAAUCAACAAAAUCACUAUCAAGUACCGCUUCCCAAUUCCACGCCUUGAUGAUAUGCUUGAUCAGCUGCAUGGAGCUACUGUCUUCUCAAAGAUUGAUUUGAGAAGUGGAUAUCACCAGAUGCGAAUGCAUCCCGAUGAUGAAUGGAAGACAGCAUUCAAAACUAGAGAUGGUUUGUACGAGUGGACGGUCAUGCCAUUCGGAUUGUCUAAUGCUCCCAGCACUUUCAUGCGCCUUAUGAACCAGGUAUUUCGACCCUUCAUUUGGAAAUUUGUUGUGGUUUACUUUGAUGAUAUCCUAGUAUAUAGCAAGAAUGAACAGGAGCACCUAGACCAUCUACGGCAAGUUUUUGAAGCCCUUAGAGAACAGAAACUUUAUGCUAAUCUCAAGAAAUGUUCAUUCCUCACUACAAGUGUGACAUUUCUCGGAUACAUCAUCACUGCUCAAGGUAUCAAGAUGGACCCCAGUAAGAUUGAUGCUAUUUUCAACUGGCCUACACCAACAUCGAUGCAUGAUGUUCGAAGCUUCCAUGGCCUGGCAUCUUUUUACCGGAGAUUCAUCAAGAAUUUUAGUUCUAUAGUUGCCCCUAUUACUGACAGCCUUAAGGUGUUAAUUCAAGAAGUUCGACCCAUUGCCUUUUUCAGUGAAAAGUUGAAUGACACAAAGCUCAGAUAUUCCACCUAUGACAAAGAAUUCUAUGCAAUUGUUCGAGCCUUGGAGCAUUGGAGCCAUUAUCUUCUUUCCAAAGAAUUCAUCUUGCACUCUGACAAUGAGGCAUUGAAGCACCUGAAUUCUCAACAGAAGAUCAAUCAUCGACAUGCUGCUUGGAGUGAAUUUCUACAAGCUUAUCCUUUCCUCCUCAAAUACAAAUCUGGAGUCCAGAAUCGUGUAGCUGAUGCUCUGAGUUGCCAACAUGCCUUGCUUACUUCCUUACAAAUGAAAGUCACUGGAUUUGAAGUGAUCAAGGAGUUGUAUGAGGAUGAUCCUGAUUUUAGCAACAUUUGGCAAGCCACUUCUAAUCAAGCCUUUCAGCAAUAUCAUCGCUAGCAAGAUUACCUCUUCAAGGGUAACCGACUAUGUGUUCCACAUUGCUCACUCCGAGAUUCAAUUAUCUGGGAAGCACAUAAUGGCGGAUUAGCUGGUCAUUUUGGGAGAGAUAAGACUUUAGCUCUUGUUAAAGAAAGUUUUUACUGGCUA